AAGAGCCAUCCACAUCAUCUUCAGAGGUGUACAUUGUUAAAGAUAACAGAGUCAACUGUGAGUGCAAAUUAAAAUGUAGUAAUUGCAAUGUGUGCAUACAUAGGUAUUACUGUACAUGUAUGGAUUACAGUAUUAGAUUCAAUAUGUGUAAGCACAUUCACACUGUUUGCCGAGAUGACAGUGUCGGUGAAAAUCCCCUGCAAAGUCCAGAGGUACUGGGUACUGAUGUUGAUGUUGAAGCCACCAGUGAGAGCAGCAAUAUUAGCUGAAGUAAGCACAAAAUGUGUUUCAAAAACACCAAAAUCAUUGUUAGAAGGGAGACAGAAGCUUAUUUCAGUGUUUUCCAAUAUUGUCAGUGGAAUGACAGACUGAACUGCAGUUGGCCAAAAAAACUGUGUUAUCCUUAAAGGCAAAUGUAGGAGCUGUUCGAGUCCGAAACAGUUAUUUCAAACAAACAGAUAAGGGCCAGAAAAGAAAGCUAAUGCCACAGAGGAGGCUGUUUUCUACCAAGAAGAAAACAGCACGUAAUAUUUCUCUGGCUGUUCCAAAUGCUGAAGAAAGAUGUGAAGUAGUAAAAUCACUUCUAAAUGAGGAGCUCGACACGAAUCGUGAUGUUCCUGCGGAGCAUAGUCGUGCCGUGCCAGAUGUACAGCACAGCAAAACAGGGCUCGACACCAAAAAUCACUUGCAUGUUGUAGUACAACCACACAGUAUGUUAUGGCAGUCAGGUAUUCAUCACGGUGCAUCAGGCGUGUGUAAAGUAAAUCUAAUGGAGAUAACUUAUCUGAGGCUGGACAUGAACCAGUUUGUUGCUGUGCAGCAUGGUUAUGCCAUACAAAUUGUGCAGCACAGCACAACAGGUAACACUUAAUCGGACCCAUUAUUCCGAACGUAUCUCGUGCUGCUCUAAUGUCCUCAUAUCAGCUAAAGAUGUCAGAUUAAGUAAUAUUCACAAUGUUGCAGUUCACUAGCAAUCUAGUGUGUUUGGAUUCUGAUUUGAAAGUUACUUGCAGUGGAGUAUAUGCCACCUUUUAGACCCAUCAAUUUUGUCUGUAUAAUAGCAGAAAAAUUAUUUGCAGUGCUCGACACCCACAAUCAGGUCCAUGUUGAACAACCACACACUAUGCCACGGCAGCCAGGUGUUCAUCAUGGUGCGUCACGAGCGUGUAAAGUAAAUCUGCCUGUGUGUGGGCGAUGGGCUCGCACUUGUGUCUGAAGUUCGGGUGCGUCGCCUCCUGCCACCGGCCGGCCGCUUCCUCCUAGCCCACAUUCCGUCAGCACGGUGUCUCACUGUGUUAUUCACUACUACUUUAGCUGCUUUUGUGAUAAUGUCGUUCGAGGAAAACAAAGACUUUUUGGCGUGUUUCAUUAAUAUGCACAGAGAAUGGCCAUGUUUGUGGGAGAUAAAAAUCGAAGGAUUACUCCAAUAGGAAUAUGAGGAACAAAGCCUACGAAAUUCUUAUAGCUAAGUGCAAAGAGAGAAAUCGUGCAGCAGACAAGGAGUUUGUUAUUAAAAAAAAUAGUUCUCUACGAGCGUCUUUCCGGCGACAGUUUAGAAAAAGACAGGACGCUAAAUCAGCAACUGGAAGCGCUGCUAAAAACGUGCCAGAACCGACGCUUCGGUACUACGAUCUCUUGCAGUUCAACCUGGAUGAAGAAAAGGUGCGAUGUGGGAUAUCUUCACUAACACAGGGGAGGACUCUGGAGGGUGAACAGACUGAGGAAGUAAAUGAGUCAGAUAUUGAUGUGACCCUGUCACAGGAGCUACCUUCAUCUGGAAGCACACCAGCUGCAACGCCCACUACAGGGAAAAAGAGAUGUGGUCGAACUCAGGAGAGAACAUCAUGGACGAAAAAGAUCUCAGUUAGCAGAUACUGUGUCCCAGUACCUGCAGGGGCUGAUGACUCUACCCCUGACAAUGAUGCCACUGCCUUUGGUAAAAGUGUGGGUCACGAGAUUCAGGCAGUUACUGAUAACGAACUAAAGGACAUGGCAAAAAAAUUAUUUCGGAUGAACUCUUUUUGGCAAAGAGGAGGAAAUUAAGUUGUGAUUCCCAAAUUUUUACACCUCACUCAAAUCCGUAUAUGCAUGUAAAGCAAUCUCCACCACAGUUUCCACUCCCAUACGAUGCAACACAAUUGUAACACCAUA